CAGACUGCGCCAGCUGGAGGUAUCCUAGGUUGUUGCUCAGCUUUAGAAGACCGUGCUUGCGUGUUUGCUUUGGCUGGGAUUGGGAAGUUGGGCCAUCUGCCGCUUAGCCAACGCGCCACAUAAUGGAAGCGAGUCAGACAAGCAUAUUACAAAUAUCAAGUAAUUCUUGAACGUUGCAGUCUACCGUUGAAGCUUCAAUACUUCGCGAGCUCAGGCGACCCCCAACCACACCUCUAAAACCUCCGCUAAGAAAAUUAUGAUGCUCACUCAGCAGCCCAUUUCUAGCCGUGUUUCGCAAUCGCGUCGCUCUGCGGCCCCCUCGCAGCUGUGCAAGGCGCGGGUGAGCCUCCGCGUGCGCGCCGAGCAGGCGCCGACUGAGCCGGCCACUCCCAAGCCGGAGGCCCCCUCCACCUCUGGCGAAAAGAUUGAGGUGAAGAAGGUCGACGCCAGCGCUCCGCUGCUGCAAAAGGGCCAGGGCACGGCCAUCGUCACCGGCGCUAUUUCCGCCAUCCUGGGCCUCGCCUACCUCGCGCUGGUUGCUUUCAUGGACCAGCGCGGGGGGCAGAUGCUACCUCCUCCUCCUGAGGCCCUGAUCCCCUAAGUGGCAGGCGCUGAACAGUAGUGCCAUAGCCCAGGCCUGGGGGUUUGGGUGGGUCAGCGUCACAUGCGGUUGAGUGGUGCCUACGCAGCCAACAGUGCUCGCGUGGACGAACGGCGUCAACUGAAGCAGGGUUUAGCGGCGACACCGGCACUCCUCAUCAGGGUCAGGCCAUGAUACAAUACUGUCUGUCGGGGAAGCUGUCCACUUACUGGGUGGGAUGCACGGGCGUGUGGCCGGUUGCGAUGCCCGCGGAUGGCUGCGGAGGGUAAGCUUGUGGCCCACAUCGCUUGCGCUGAAGGCCCCUGAGCCCGGCUUUGACGAGCGCUUAGGCAUGUAGGUAGUUGUAGGUAUGCUUGGUGAGGCGGCUGCGGAUUAUGAUGCGAUGGAUUGGGGGCCCGGCGCAUCCACACGGUUGCUGUUGACGGAUGCGGUCACAACGUGGUUGCCGUCCUGACUAGCACAUGGUUGGAGCAGGUCCUGUUGAGGGUGAGGGCGAGGGGAAUGCAGGCAUGAAUACAGACCGCAAUGAGCACAGUCUGACGCACACAGACCAGCCUUCCGGAGGGAGCUUGGGUUAGCUUGUUUACACGUGGACCGAAGCGGCAGUUUUGCAGUUUUGCAGUUCGUAUGAUGUGCGGGGUGAUGCAACACGGUUUGUGCCGAUUUUUGCGCAGGCACAUGCAUGUGGUUUGUACACAGACAAGUAGUGCAGUGGCGCGCUUGUGUACACGUGUAUCGCUUGCAGACAAAGGUACUGUUGAUGAGUGUUCAAGGUUAGCCAGCCUGACCUGCACGGAACGACGGCGGUUGGAUGGUCAUUUAUCUCGGACUUGGGAACCGUGUAUCGGUCCCCGCAGCGGCACGGGUACGUGUAAACAUCAGUGCCGUCUGCAGAGAGUGUACGGGGUACAAGGAGGGUACAAUAAGAUGGGAAAGCAGGCGUUUUGCAGGGUGUGCUAUAGAGGCAGGCAUUGUUUAGGCGCAGCGGUGCCGUCGCAUCUAACAAAGUGCAGUGUGGGGGCGCACGGGCUAUUCGCGCAAUGCGCAGGCUAAUGCCCGCGAUCCAUAUCUAGAGGGCAGACAGCACGAAGAGAAUCCCUGAACAAGCAAACGCAAUCAGGCGAGCGAAGCCAAACCAUCGUGUCAACGCAGCUGCCUGCCGUUGCUGUGUGCCAAGCUAUCGUUGGCAAAAAGAUGUGCUGCAGUACGGGUCCAGACAACAAGACGUGCUGAAGUGUCCAAUCGUGGAUGCCAUGCUCUGCCUGACUGACAAAUGCAUGACAACAUGAGCCAAAUAGGAGGUCCCAAGCCUCCAAGCCCAGCGCCAAAGGCACCCAGGCCUAUGCCUCCCACGCCCCCCUUCACAGGUGUCCCCAAGCAACACGCCCACGCCGGCAGCCACGCGAGCCCCGAGCCUGUCUGCCCUGCAGUAUGGCCAAACCGUGCGGGACUGGGACCCCGCCCCGCCAGCCUACCUGCGUCCACCUCCUCAUCCAGCUCCCCCAGAUCCAGCUCGUCCUGGUACGACAGCGGCGCCUGCAACUCCUGAAGACUGAGCUCACUGUCGUACGCUGCGCGGCGGCCCGCGUCACGCAGCACCUGUGCAAUUGUAGUCACCGCACGGGCGCGAAGGUCAGAGUUGAGAGGUCCAAGCGCAUAUCGGCCAUGGCUACCAUGAACCGUAGGGUGGCCUGUUAAACCGCUAUCGUGCAUAGUACUUGCGUGUGGCCAGGAUUGGGGCCGCGCGUUUGUAGUGCGCGUGGCCGUGGACACUCGGCGGGGUCCUGACGGGCACGGGUCCCGCAUACCCCAUUGCCACCCCGUGCCCGCGCCCACCUCCCAUGCCUUCUGUACAAGCUCGAACACUUUUGAUGUGCUCGCUACAAGGUCGCCAUCAAGCUCGGCGGCGCCGCACGGCUCAUCGCCUUCGGCAGGCUGCUCCUGGGCCCUAGCUGUGUUACUCACAGCAGUAGCUUUGUCUGGGUGAUACUUCAAGACCGCUGCAUAGUAAGCUUGUUUGAUGUGUGCCAGCGGCGCGUCUCGUGCAACGCCCAAAUUUUCAUAAUGGGUGCGCUGAAGCGAAGCCAUUUCUGCUUUAAUAGGACUGUAAUGUCAUUUACAU